CUUGCUCUCCACAUUUUGUCGCGAGAUGGACAACACAGUGCUCGGACGCUUGGAUCACUGGGCCGCCCACCAGCCCAAGAAGAAUCUCUUUGCCUUUGUGGACGAUAACGGUCGCGUCACGGACAGCUUGCUCUACGAGGACGUCCACACGCGCAGCGCAAACUUGGCGAAAUGGAUGCUUACCAGUCCUAGUGUGUCGUCCCAAGGUCUCGGUCUCUCGCGUGGGGACAUUGUGCUGUUGGUGUAUCCUCCAGGGUUGGAUUUCAUCGUUGCGUUCUUGGCGUGUUUGCGGGCGGGCGUCGUGGCUGUGCCCGUGUAUCCCCCAGAUCCGCGCAAGUUGCGCAAGGAUAUCGUGAUGUUCACGACCGUGUGCUCAAACUCUGGCGCCAAAAUCGCUUUGACAAAUUCGGCGUACAAUUACGCAAAGAAAGUGCUCGACAUCAAGCAAAAGGUCACGUUCUCGGAGAAAUUCGCAUGGCCCGACCUCCAUUGGAUGGAAACGAACGGGCAACUCGAGUCGACAGCACCUCCGCCGCUUGCCAUCCCGCCACCAUCUCCGAACGACUUGGCAUUCCUGCAGUACACGUCUGGGUCGACAUCCGACCCCAAGGGCGUGAUGAUCUCUCACGGGAACCUCGGCCACAACUUGACGCUGAUUUCAACAGCGCUGAGCGCCACAGACGACUCGAUUGUCGUGUCGUGGCUGCCGCAGUAUCACGACAUGGGGCUCAUCGGCGCGUACUUGGGCGUGCUGUUCACAGGCGGCCAUGGUGUGUACAUGUCUCCGUUUAGCUUCAUCAAGAACCCGUCGGGGUGGCUUCGACUCAUUUCGCAACACCACGCGACCCACUUGCAGGCGCCAAACUUUGCCUAUGCCCUGUGCGCUCGCAAAUUUGUUGCCGGAACGGCGCCGCUGGAUCUGUCGUCCGUACGACACAUGAUCAAUGGCGCGGAGCCCAUCGACGGGGAUGCCGUCGACGCGUUCUACAAAGUGUUUAAGCCGUUUGGCCUUUGCGACGGCGUUAUUCGACCAACGUACGGACUCGCGGAGCACACCGUGUACGUGUGCGAUAGUUCUCCGCACUUGUUGCGCGUCGUUGUCGACAAGGAUGCGCUCGAACACCACGACAAGUUUGUCCCGAUUGAAGGGACUUCGAGUGGAGGCGUCAAGGAAAUGGUGGGGUGCGGCAAGCCUCGGCCUGGAGUCGAUCUGCGCAUUGUUCACCCGGCAUCGCACGCCAGUGUACCGACCGGCACGGUUGGCGAGAUUUGGAUUCGCAGCUCGAGCACGACGCAAGGGUACUUUGGUCUGGACGAGUUGACUCGAGAGAUGUUUGGUGCAACGAUCGCAAACGAACCAACGGACCACUUUUUCAUGCGCACGGGCGAUCUCGGCGUGCUUUACCAAGGCGAGCUGUUUGUAUGCGGCCGGCUGAAAGACUUGAUCAUCGUCCGCGGCCGCAACCACUACCCUCAAGAUAUUGAAAAAACUGUCGAAGGGUUUCCAGAUAUCCGCCCGGGCUGUUCCGCGGCAUUUUCCAUGUCCCUGCAAGGCCAGGAAGUGCUGGGGGUAGUCGCUGAAGUACGAGGGGCGCAAAUGGCUCAACCCACCCUCGAAGCCAUCGCAGCAUCGAUCCGUCAGGCUGUGUCGGUCGAGCAUGGCGUGCUCGUGUCGGCGAUGGCGCUGGUCGCCACCCAUACGAUUCCCAAAACCACCAGCGGCAAGAUCUCUCGCCGGCGUGCUAAAGUCGAUUUUGUCGAUCGCAAGUUGACCGAACUGUAUCGCCUGGUCAAGACCGUCGACACAAACGACGAUCCCCAAGACGACGCUGCCGCGCUACCGCCGACGAUCCUGCCAGAGUUUUCAAGCGUCCCGCCCGCAGAAGUCAAAUCGUUUCUUCGUCGUGAGAUUGCACAAAUGCUCGAUGCGUCCCACGACACGAUCACGGACGCGACAGAGCUGCAACAAGUCGGGAUGGACUCGAUGGGCCUCACACAAUUGCAAGGCAUUGUUCAGAAUCAAUAUGGCCUGCAAGUGCCGGACGACGUCUUGUACGGAGAGCACACAACGCUAGCCCAAGUGUACGUCGCGCUCGCUCGCGUUGCCAUGACAGCCCACCCGCAGCCCAAUGAAGGUGGCGACAACCAGACAUCGUUUCUGCAAGAUUCCCAGCCACCAACGACUCCAAAAUCCCGCAUCUGCUGCGGAUGCAUUGCCAUUCGAUAAAUGGGUCAGGUGAUAAUUCAUCUUGACGCCAUGCUCUUGUUCCAGA